AUGUAUGUGGAUGAUGCCUUCGUCGUCAUCGAACGGGAUCAGGUGCUGACGUUCAAAGCAGGUCUCGACAGCGUCUUCAUGGACAUACAAUUUAAGACGGAGGAGGAAGAAAACAACCAGCAGGCCUUCCUUGAUGGCGUCAUCUGUCGGAAAGAUUGUGGUGGCCUAAAGAUCAAAGACAAACGCGAUGCAAGUAGUGAACUUAAAUCCCUUACGUUAAAAACGUCUCGGGGGCCGUCGGCCGCCUUAUCGCACCACUUGGAGUUGGAGUCGCACACAGGCCGAAGGCAACUAAUAGGCGUCAGAUAA